AUGGGGAAGACACUGAUGUUCUUGGUGACAUUGUUCUUGACCACCAUGGCUGCUUAUCCAACUCACGCCUACGAAGACGAUGGGAAACCGAUCGUCGAUCCAAACAUCGAAAUUCCGUUGGCCGAAUCUCCCGAAGCGGACGAUUACAAUCGGAAUCUGUUCAAAGGGUAUUCGGACCGAGACAUGAAGCAUUUCCUCGAAACAUGCAUGAUGACAUGGGAAUGCGGUCGUGUCAUUUACGAAGAGAUAUUACAGAAUAAAAGAUCCUCGGAUGCUUGUUGUCGUGAAAUGUUGGAGAAAGGCAAAGACUGCCACAUUGCAAUGGCUAGGUUUUGGUUCUCACUGUAUGAGUACAAACAAUAUGCUUCUAGGGCUAUUCCCAAGAGUUAUAUUGUUUGGGACCGGUGUUAUAGGGACGUUGGGCCCCAUGCACCGUCUGCAUGA